UAUGAGUGCUCUGUACCCCUGGUACAAUUGCCUGGAUACGUAUACGACAUGUUUGAGUUGCCAUCCAAGGACUGGGAAUAUGAGGUCGGGGCUAAACAAGCAAAACCUUGUAAAACAAUGGCUUCAGGACUCGCCUGCAUUUUGCUAGUAACUGUACACGUGGGAUGAAGUCAUGUGUACUGGAUUUGUCUGCUGCUGAGUUUGUCCAGUUCAACUUCCUGUACGGGUGUGGCUCGAGCCCAGAUGAUAUUGACGAGAGCGUUCUGAUUGGUUAUUCCAUUAAUGGAGUUGACUGGAACACGUUUGGCACGUUGCAUUACCUAAACUACAGAUCCCCUUCUUAUGUAACUAUGAAGCUUCCUGACGAAGCCAGGACCAAUGGGACGUCUAUCGGCUUCUAUCAGUUCAAGCACAGCGGAGCCAAUGAAGAUGAUUGGUUGAUAGAUGACCUUAGAAUUGGAGGUCAAAUUGUCAACCCAGAUGUCAUGAUGAGUGACUUCUCAGGAGGAAUUAACCCUGCAGAAUGGAACACUUUAGAUAAUAUGCAGAGUGGCAAAUAUUGUGAAGGCAAAAACUUUUCAUUGGGAACGAUAGCAGACAGGGAAAGUGCAACCAUGACAACACAAGACCUUGACAUAAGUGAAGGUCACAUGCUGCAGUUCUGGUACAAUAUAGGUUGCAUGCGCAGCUGGAAUACAUCAGUGGCCCCCAUGCAUUUGCAAUACUCAACGGACCGUGGUAUGGCGUGGGCGUACGUGACCCCUCAGCGCCUCUCCAAUGACCCCACAUGCCCGGGCGGUGCCUCAAUGGCCAGCGUUUACUAUGGAGAUCCCAUGGGCACAUGGCAGCGAAUCACUAUACCGCUGAAAGGGAUGCCAGUCUCAAGGGCCACAAGGUUCCGCUGGCAGCAGCGUCCUGUAUACAAUACUGAGGCAGUCACAAACUUUGGUCUUACUGAUGUGUAUAUUGGUCCAGCGUGUCAUGACCUCUGUGGUGGGCAUGGCAACUGUCGUCAGGAAGGUCAGCUGACCUGCACAUGUGACCCGGGUCACCAUGGCGACAACUGUUACCCAUGGAAUGCUAAACAUCAGUCUGAGCUAAAGGUUAUCUUUGACACAGCCAGUAUAGACAAAUCCAAGUGGGAGUUGAUUCAAGGUGGCGCUGCUCAGAAUGCUUGCAUUCCAUUGGUGGAAAAGACUGCAUUGGUACAGAAUGGGCCGGGACUGAGGCAGGUUGUCACCCGUGACCUUGACCUUAGAGAUGCAAAGUUUGUUCAGUACAUGGCAAGUAUUGGUGGUGCUGGUAAUGGUACAGGCUGCUUCAAGCCCUUCAGUCAUGAUCAGAGCGUAGUCCUCCAGUUUUCCACUGACGGGGGCAUACACUGGCACACCCUCCACAUACUGGACUACACAGGCUACUCGGACCCUCGACACACCUACAUCCGGCUCCCACAGACCGCCCGUACGCCGAGUACCAGGGUUCGCUGGUGGCAGCCGUUGUCUCAGGACCCUAGCAGGGAGCAGCCAUCUUGGGCCCUUGAUAACGUGUACAUUGGGGGACAUGAGAUCAACCCAGCCCAGAUUCAGAUACAUUUUAAUGAGUCUGUCAUACUGAAUGAUCAGCCCUGGGAGUUCAACGUUCAAGGUCACAUUGCAGAGGAAAUGUGCAAAAAGGAGGGAAGUGCUAUUGUGUGGGAGGAAGGGACAGGACAGAGGCACUUCACCACUAAGCAGGCUAUUGUUCAACAUAACUAUAUCCUGCAGUUUAAGAUUGUAGUUGGUUGCAACAAAGCAUUCAACGUGUGUGAUAGCCACCCUCCAGUCAGACUCAUGUUUAACAAGAACCCCCUGAUGGACACAUGGCACGAGGUGGUACCCACGUGUCUGCCGGACGUGAAUCUGAGAAUGGACUGUAGCCCCAACAUGUACCAUGUUGCCAGUGAAUACACGGUGGACAAAAACCCUGUGUGGUCUCGUGUCACUGUCGGCUUACCAGAGAAAACUUUCUCCAGUACAACGAGGUUCCGUUGGCUCCAGGAUACAGGGAACCAGUCUGCUCUGGGCUGGGCCCUGGACGAUAUCUACAUCGGGGAGAGCUGCCCUGUCAUGUGUCAUGGGCGGGGGGACUGCAAGGGGGGAACCUGCCACUGUGAUGAGGGAUACACUGGUGUGUCAUGUAUGCCAUUGAAGAAGCAGCCAAGCCGCAUCUUUGAUUCAUUUGAAGAUGGGAUCUAUGCAACACGCUGGGAGUGGGUGUCAGGUGGAGGUAUUGGGUUUGGAAGUGGCGCCCUGUUACCAUAUGCCCAUGGCAAGACCCUGUACUUUAAUGGGUGUGGUCAGAGGGAGGCACGCACUGUGGAAAUGGACAUUACUAGACCAAGCAAAAUAAUGUUUGUGCUACAAAUAGGAUGUUGUGCACAAACACCUGAGUGCAAUGUUAAAAUGGAAGAUGCCUCACAGUACAGGGGUGUUUUGCUGCAGUAUUCAAAAAAUAAGGGCUCAGAGUGGAGACUGCUGGCUAGGCAUGAUCCUGCGGAUCAUUUGACCCCCAAGCCUAUGGCAUAUGACCUUCCGUAUCAGGCUCAGCUGGAGGGUGUUCAGUUCCGCUGGUGGCAGCCAGUCCAUGGUGGGGAGGGGAAGGAUCAAUGGGCUCUGAAUCAUGUGGAAGCUGUGCCGAGCCGAGUGAAUAUGAAAUUUUACAGAAGAAGGAGAGGAAUUGGUUAUAUGUAAUACGGAUAUAGACAUAAAAAAUAUUUUGUUGUUCGUAUCUUUGAUGUGACAAUAUGAGCAAUGAUUCAAUUAAUGACAUUGUUUUUUAAUAAGUUUUAAAUAAGGAGGAAAAGUGUUUCAAGCAAACUAGUGUUUCUAGGAGACUAGUUAUUGGUUAUAUUGUUGGAUGAGUAUGCAUAUUUAUUUUUAAUAAAUUGUCGAAUAAUAAUAAAACCAUGCCUAUGUC